CUUCGGAGUCCAGGUGACAUUUUCUGAAAAGGAAAGAAAAAAAUAGUAGUACUUACUCCUUUCAAACGUGCUCUAAACCCAUUAUAUCAAACUUCACCUUACCCCCCGCCUCACACAGACAUACAUACAAAUGAACAUAGAUCUGAACGAUCCACCAGAAACCAUCAAACGCUCAACACAAGACGACUCUGUAAUUUCUGAAGCUGGCCGUUCAGAUGACGUUGUUGACGAUCGAUCUCACAAACGCAUAAAACUCAGUGAUGGUCAUGUCGAUUCAUCGGCAACGUCGUCGGCCAUCCGUAAUUCUGAAUCCGAUAGUUCUCAAGUCGAUGUGGGGGAUAAUGAACCUGUACCUCGUACAAACACGAUCCACGAUCAAGAUUUCAACGAAGGAUAUAACGAGGAGUCGGAUGAAGACUGGGCUGGCGGCAGCGAGAAUAGCGAGAGUAGCGAUGCAAAAAGUGAUACAUUUGAGUUUAUGGCAUCUUCAGUGGAUAAUAAUGAGGAUUAUGCGGAAGGAGCAGAUAUUGAGCCUUUAUGGACAAGCUAUACUGAAGAAGAGAGUGAAGCUUUACAAGAAGAAGCUAGACAAAUGGGCUUGAUGAAGUUUUUAGAAAAGUACGUUCGAGAUCAACAAGUACCUCCCUUGAAACUGAUGGAGGCAUUUAACGUUGUUCUGCAUCCUCAAGCAGCAUUAUUAGCACCUGAAGUACACCAAUUCGCCUUAUUGCGUAACGUGAUUAAUCGACAUUUGCGAAAACGGCGACGGUUGGAACACGUCAAUACACUUGACGAUGUGGUUGACUUACUGGCCAAGGCCAACAAUGUCAUGAUUGUCACGGGCGCUGGCGUAUCCGUGUCGUGUGGCAUUCCUGACUUUCGUUCUGAGACUGGCAUCUAUUCACGACUACAAGAAUAUGAAUUGGACGAUCCACAGCAGAUGUUUGAUAUCAAAUACUUUCGAGACUCGCCUGACAUUUUCUACUCGUUUGCAAAAGAGCUUUACCCAAGCAACUAUGAGCCGAGCCCAAGCCAUAUAUUUGUCAAGCUGAUGGAGGAAAAAGGGAAAUUAUUGAGAAACUACACACAAAACAUCGACACGUUGGAACACAAGGCACAGAUUAAAAGGAUUGUUAAUUGUCAUGGCAGCUUUGCUACUGCUAGCUGUGUUACUUGUGGCUACCAAUGUGAAGGAAAAGAAAUCGAGAAAUAUAUCUUUGAACAGAAAGUCCCUCCUUGUCCUAAAUGCGCUUUUAAUCGAGUAACACCAAAGGACGAUAGUGACGAUGACGAUGACGAUGCUCAACGGGGAGUAUCUGUCAUGAAACCUGAUAUCACGUUUUUUGGUGAAAGCUUGCCAGCUGAAUUCGAUCGACUGCUUGCGCUGGAUACGGAAAACGUUGAUCUACUAAUUGCCAUGGGCUCGUCGCUCAAGGUGUCUCCGGUAUCAGAAAUCAUGACGCAAAUACCACACAGCGUUCCGCAGAUUGUGAUAAACCGAACGCCUAUUACACACAUGACCUUUGACGUGCAGUUAUUGGGGGAUUGUGAUGUGAUUGUCCCUGAAUUGUGUCGAAUGCUGAACUGGGACUUGCGACAUAUUAAAUUACCUGGUGGUAGUGCGCUAAGUGAGGAAAGUCGAGGAGACUCGGAUGCUCCCAAGAUAUGGAAGUACCAUCGGGAUGGUUUAUAUACAUUCCCUGGUGCUGUGGUGAGCGAGCGCUACUUGGAAGGAGGAGAUAAGAGGUUGAGUGAUAGACACGGAAGCUUCAGCAGCAGCAGCAGCAGUGAUGGCAGUGAAAGCGUCAAUGACGACGACAGCGAUAGUAACAACGCUCGUAUUGAUAAUGGUGAUCACGAUAAAACUGUUGGCGAGAAUGAAGAGGAGGAUGCGGAUGAGGAAAAAUUUGAAGGCUCAGAGCAAGGAAAGCAAAAACAUCAAGACGAACAACAACAGCAUGAAAACACAACUAGUACCAACAACUCAUAAUGCAUUUUCUUUUUAAUUACUACUUUAAUAAAAAGCUUUAUUUUAUCUACU